AUUAAGCCCCCACCACAAGCGUUACACGCGUCUGGAUACCUCGACGCAGAGGAUCACACACUAUCUUCACUUGCUGAAUUUUUUGAGAGGUCAGGUCUCUGCGGAAACUGGCCCAUUUUCUUCCCCUGCGUAUUUCCGAUGCAAAUAGAGGACGGUUAGUUUACGCUCUAUAAGGGAUUUCUUUACCUGGCCAAAAAAAUGGUGCAAGGUGCGUCGUUAACUUGUCUAGCAGCUUCAGUAAACGGUGGAGUUUAUGGAUUGAUCAUACCGCAGUGGAGGAGGCAUUCCAACCUACUGAGGAAAACUCAUGCCGUUUCUGGGUUUGAUAGCCAAUGCCCUUUGCAUCACUGCCUUCAAGGUUUACACUUUAUGGGUAACCCUAACACAUUAAAACAAAGAAAUUUAAGGGUUGAAGCAGGAUGGCUGUUCAACAAAGGGGGUGAGCAGGAGCUGGACGCAAGCUCUGAACGUAGUGAGAGUGCGAAUGAAGAUAUACUGAUUUUCUUUUUCCAGUUAGAUUUGGCCACUCGAGUUCAGUAUGCUUUGAAUGUGGAGCAGUAUGACAUUGCACAACAACUUAGAAACAAGCUUACAGAGGUUGAAGGUGAGGUCAUUAGGCAGCAGGAAGCGAAGAGAGGAUCAUCUUCAAAGAGUGAAGCUCAAGAUAAGGCUAUAAGUAUUAUACGACUGCGUUCAGACCUCCAGAAUGCAAUUGAGAACGAGAAUUAUGCAGUGGCAGCUGGAUUACGAGAUCAAAUUUCAGAACUGGAAGCAGAAUCUUUGGCUGCAUCUGCAAAAGCUCUGGUAUAUGAAAAUGCACAGUAUGCAUUUCGUUUAGGGCAGAAAGUGAAGCACAAAACUUUUGGCUAUCAAGCUGUGGUUUGUGGAAUGGAUCCAAUAUGCUGUGAGUCGAGUUCAUGGAUGGAAACAGCACAGGUUGAAAAGUUAGCUCGUGGUUCUAGUCAGCCAUUUUAUCAGCUUUUCAGGUUUUGGUUGAUGUACAUGAGGAUCCCAAUCUACUGGUGGCAUAUGUUCCCGAGGAAAAUUUGGUUGCUCCUGAGAAACCAGAUGUGGGAAGGUUUGAUCAUCCCUAUACAUCAUUUCUAUUCUAUGGGAUGGAUGCAGCAGGGGAUUUUAUCCCAAUCAAACAGCUGCGUGAAAAGUACAAUAGGCCUCGGCAUGAAGUGCCAAUGGAUCCACCAGAUGACGAUAGCGGUGGUGGUGCUGAUGCUUAAGCAAGAGAGGGCUGCCUUCUGGUCCGCGUGAGAUCUUAAAGAUUUGGAGCUGAAAAGCUUGUAGAAUUAUCCCAGCUCUGUAUGAUUUGAAGGCGCUUUCUUCCUCUUGUUUUUCUGGAAAUUUCAGUUGUGAUUUGAUUUAGAUCAUAUGUGUUAGCAACGUGGCAUAAAAACUUUGUACAUGGCUAUUAUUCAUGUAAAUCUCAAUAUAAUUACUUUCCAACUAUCUUUGGAAAUCAUAGCACGAUUCCUGUUCGUUGAGGUUCCAAUUCUCUGUAGACAUUGAAACAUCAAUCAAUGUUGUAUUUAUGUUU